AUGAAUGGACCAAGGAAGGUGGUACACGUGGAUUUUAGCCAGUGGGAGUAUACGAGGUCCGCUGUGCAGAGUGUGGUCAGUGAUCUUGAAUGGGAGGAUCAACGACUCGAGCUAUACGUACAGCGAGCCCAGCCAGUUGCGAAAACAGCUUCUGAAACCUCGAUCGAUGUUGUGAAAGAUCAAGUUUCCGACCAUGAGGAACAGACCCUCGUCCUGCAAGCAACAAGCCAGAGACUGGAUCCUCAGAUCAACGACUCCAGCUGCAUGAUUUAA